CCGGAACUCUGGUUCACAAAAUUGCCGGUCUCAUCUGUCUGCUGCUGAUUUUCUUCUUCUUAACUUGGGCCAAGGGCAGACACUGGGCUCCGAAGCUGGCCUCGUCAAGGCUGUGGCCGAGGCCCCCUUGUGGGCAUGGCCGCUUUGACCUCGCCACAUUUGGACAUCUCGCUUCGAGCUUCUGGUGGCCUUGUCUAAUGUCCUGACUAAAAUAGAGCAAAGGACUCGAGGUUACCCUUUUUAGAAAGCUUCCCCGGCUACUUGAGAUGCUAUUAAUUGCCAUCGCGAGAGCUGUAAUUAGCAACAAAGCUGUUAGCCUCGUCGCCACCACCCUGGCAGCCUUGGACAAGCCCUUUGUUGAGCAGGGCUUAUUUCUCUGCUGGGUGAUGAGGUUAUAUGGCAGUCGUGCCGUUGCUAAGUUUGGACAAGCUUUUUCUUGAAUACGAAGCUUUACUGAGCGUCCGUUAUGCAGCUCGCUUGUCUGCGCAUCCCUCUAAACUGCGAGCAUUAUGUCUCAGCUCUCCAUGGGCGGUGGACCUACCAAGGUUAUUCGCCGCGCAAAGACAAGAUCUGUGCUCAACCGCGCAUUUGGAAAGAGAGACGCCAACUAUUCGCUGACGACGGUCCGGUCAUUACCGUAAAUGCACUUGGUCACGCUUCCGCACCGGUAUAGUUGGUAUCCGCCAUAUAACACCUCGCCGCCUCCGUCCUUGGCUGGCCUCUACACUCAUCAUAUGUCGUGGCUGCGGCGACAACGUCCGUCUUCCAAUGACCUUUGAGCAUUUAGCCCCAAGAUCUCUCUAACCAUCUGCCCUCGGCAUGUGCAGCCAACAGUCCUUCUCACAAGAGAUCCCGGUUUCCCGAGACCCCGUCCUCCAACGCCGAAUACUCGGGGGAUCACGGGCUGAGGCAGAGGUUUCCCGAUGGCCACCGCCCACGGCAUUAUUUGUACAAUAGCAAAGAUUGUAGCCAUAAAAACGUGGCCAGCUUCCGUAGAAUCAUUCCCCAAAAAUAAUUGACCCUACCUCCAAGGGUGUAUUACCAUCAACCUGACCCUACCACGACUAAGCAUCGAAUAAGCCGCAAAGUUGCCCAGCCAAUUUAAGCUUACCAUUUCCACUACUUCUUACUCGCUCUGCUUCUUAUCAAUUCGUUUCUAGCAUUUCAUUGGCGCGGGUCUCCUUUUAUCAGUUAUUUUUUUUUUAGGCUUGACCCAGUGCAGCGUCAUUAUUUUUUUUUUUUUAACCUCCAAAAGCGGAACUCGAGGCGACCCGUAAUCGGCGGACCCAUUUGCCCUUGACAGGCCGUAUCAGUCACCACCAACUGGCUUUUUUUUCUUCGUGUACCUUCUCCUAUCUGCAAAUCACCAUCCUCACGCCAGCCAAAGUUGCAAUUCUCAUCGUUGAUUCUCGGUAAGACUUUGAGGAGAAUUAUUCCUCACUGCCUCUGGGCUCUCAAUUGAUUAUCGCGCUCGUCACUGGAGCAAUCUGCUCUGCGCUACGAUGGCUACCUCAUCACGAACGUUGGCGGCCCUCGCUCGCCCCGGCGUUCAGCUAACGUCGGUGAAUCGCAUGGCCACUCGAUCCUUUACAAACAUAUCCAGAUCGUCGACAAACUCAAUGGCCACUCGAUGCGCUGCGCGACCUGUCGCAGCUGGGGCUACUAUGCGCCUGGGAGCAUCCGGUCGCAUCGCAUUCCGACGAGCUUAUGCUGACGCCGCUCUUCAGAGAAAGCCUGGCAAGAUUCGCAAGACCUUCCGAUGGAUGUGGCGACUCACAUAUCUUUCUGUCAUCGGUGUGUUUGGCUAUACCUGCUAUGUAAUCUAUGAUGAUCGUAAUCCGGAGCCUCAGUUCGAGCAGGAUCCUACCAAGAAGACCAUUGUCGUGCUCGGUACUGGAUGGGGCUCUGUUUCGCUCCUCAAGAAGCUCGACACCGAAAACUACAAUGUCGUUGUUGUGUCCCCUCGUAACUACUUCCUCUUCACGCCCCUGCUUCCUUCGUGCACCACAGGUACAAUUGAGCACCGAUCCAUCAUGGAGCCUGUCCGCACAAUUGUUCGCCACAAGAAGCGUGCCGUCAAAUAUUAUGAAGCUGAUGCUUCUUCCAUCGAUCCCGAUCGCAAGGUUGUCACCAUUGUCGACAACUCCGAGAUCAAAGGCAAGACAAUGCAGACCGAAAUUCCCUACGACAUGCUCGUUGUCGGGGUUGGUGCCGAAAACGCCACCUUUGGUAUUCCCGGUGUUCGAGAGCACAGCUGCUUCUUGAAGGAGAUUGGCGACGCUCAACGCAUCCGCAAGAAGAUCAUGGACUGUGUAGAGACGGCCGCUUUCAAGGGCCAGAGCGAGGAAGAGGUCAAUCGCCUGAUGCACAUGGUUGUUGUUGGUGGCGGCCCUACUGGUGUCGAAUUUGCUGGCGAGCUCCAAGAUUUCUUCGAAGAAGACAUCAAGAAGCUUAUUCCUGAAAUCAGCCCUCGCUUCAAAGUCACCUUGAUCGAGGCUCUUCCCAAUGUUCUUCCUUCCUUCUCAAAGCAGCUUAUUGACUACACAGAAAACACGCUGCGCGAGGAGAAGAUCGACAUCAAGACCAAGACCAUGGUCAAGAAGGUCACCGACACCACAGUCGAGGCCGAAAUCACUAACCCAGACGGCAGCAAGCAGAGUGUUGUCAUCCCCUACGGCUUGCUUGUGUGGGCCACUGGCAAUGCCGUCCGUCCAAUCGUCAAGGAUUUGAUUUCUCGCAUUCCCGCCCAGCAAAACUCGCGUCGUGGCCUUGCAGUCAAUGAGUACCUCGUCGUGCAAGGAGCUCGCGACAUCUGGGCCAUUGGUGACUGCGCUGUCGCCGGUUAUGCGCCUACUGCCCAGGUCGCCUCCCAGGAGGGCAACUUCUUGGGUGGACUCUUUAACAACAUGGCUAAGACGGAAAACCUUGAAUCGCGUAUCCACGACCUUAGCAGCUCCAUGAACCUCAACCCUGGUAACUCUGCCGAAACCGCCCGCGAAAUUGAGCAUCUUGAGAAGCAGCUGCGCCGCGUUAAGGACGUCAAGCCUUUCCACUACAGUCACCAGGGCAGUCUGGCCUACAUUGGAAGCGAAAAGGCUGUUGCCGACGUCAGUUGGUGGAACGGUAACCUUGCUACUGGCGGUAGCAUGACUUACCUUUUCUGGAGAAGCGCGUAUCUCUCUAUGUGCUUUAGCACCCGUAACCGCGUUCUUGUCAUUCUUGACUGGCUCAAGUCCAAGGCUUUUGGUCGCGAUGUGUCUCGAGAAUAGACUGUAAACUAUUCGUGGGUGCUUUCCGUUUCGUGUUUAGGUUCAUUUUUGUCACAAUUAUAUCACCAUUUAUCAAAUGCAGCGAAGCUUCGGCUUCCUGACUGAGGUCAACACCAGGGUUGACAAGGAGGCGUCACUAUCAGUGGAAGCCUGUCAAGCCGACCACUGAGAAACCCAUGGAAUUUUAGAUAGUUUCCUGUAGCAGAACCUCUAAAAAUCAAUUUAAGGCUACAUUUAAUCGGAUUAAAAGUCAUAGACACUGCUGUGUACUGAUGACGCCCGCAUAGUUCGGUGGUCAAGGAACGCAAUUCUGUUUGCCAGAAUCCUCAGCUUUGCCAGCAAAACCAAAACAUAUACGCACCUCAUAUUAGAACAUAUAUCAUAAUCGUAUUCCUCAUCAUGUAUGCAUAUAUUCACUCGGACUAUCACAAAACAAAUAUAAUCCUAUAAAAUCAUCAGAG